AUGUCUCCGUUCUCAGAAUCCUCUGUUUCGCAAGUGGUUCCACAACAGCACUGUGAAAAGCUGUUCCACAAUGAGCGGCGUCUCUGUUCUCAGAAUACUCUGGUUUUACUGGUGGUCGCACAUCAGACUGAAGCUGAUGGGAAUGUUUUCUAUCAGACGAUUAUAAGCAUCAAGGGAGACCCUGAGGAGACCCUCAGCUGUAAGGCAACCUGGUUGCGUGAAGAUGACCCAACUGAAACCUAUAUGAUCGGAACCCUAGACUAUAGAUACAAGAGAACAGAGGAGGAGAGAUAUAGAUGCUUCCUGGUCAAGGAAACUAAACGAGGAAUACAGGUUUCCCAGUCCUUGAAUUCUAGUUGUUAUUCUGAACUUCAUUCCUCUACAGCUGGGCAUAGAACCCUCAGGUUGGUCCGUGAAGAGGAGAAAACUAAUUUAACCUGUGUUUAUCCAAACUGGGCUUCAGAAAUGGAAACUUUAUACAGCUUCGGAUUCUCGAGCAAAUAUGAAUUCCAGUUUGGUGGUUCCAUUCUCUCAGCUAGUAACUAUAGUUCAACAACGAACAGUAUUUGGAUUUAAGAAAAAUGUGCAUGGAUAGAA